CCACACCAGACCACCACGGAAAAUGGCGACUGUGAAAUAGAUGGAAGACGAAAGUAAGAAUUUAUUAAAUGCAGCGUUUAAAUCGUCCUCUGCUUCAAUCUACACCACUCACAGGUCACGGCAAUGGAAAUGUCAUGUCUGGCAGGUGUUGAUGAAGAUGACAAAGAUGCAGAUUCUGAAAUCAAUGCCCUCACACUCCUGCAGGAACCAGUGAGAAUGGCGCAAGAAUCAGCUUCUUGCACCAAUUCUUUUAGCAAACCGUCUCUGAAAGAAAACAUUGUCCUAGAUGUUCUAUCAAAUGCAGAUAUGUUGUCUCCAGUUGGCCUUGGAAAUGGACCUUCUUUGCAUGAGGCAACACAAGCCCAUGAACUCAACAGCAACUCCUCUGAGAAAGAUGAGGAAAAGAGCAUUACCCCACUGAAGACUGUGCAGGAAAUAGACCCUGCAGGAAUUUGGAGCUUUGAUGAUGAAUCGCCCGAGAACUCCUUGGACAAUUUUAGUAAUGCCAAUGACCUCAGUUGGGAUCCUCAUAAAGAGUUCAUGCAGUUUCUUUGGGAGAACCACAGUGAAUCCCCUGGUGAGGAGCCUAAAGAGGACGUCAGUCCCACCCAUAGUCAAAGAAGAAGGAAACGGAAAAUGGACAUGGUUGUCAUGGUGGAUCCCUCAGAAGACCUAUACCCUGAUCUGAGCCCACAGUCAUCUGAGGAAUCAACUGAUGCUGAAGGCCAAGUAGAUUCCAGUCAAAUCAGGAAAGUCAGAAAGUCACGGAAGCUUUCCAAGCCACAGUCACCACCAACAGGGAAAAUUUCCAAGUAUCCCAAUGGAACCGUAAAGGCCAUUAAAGAGAUUCUUUACACAACACCUGCAAGAAAUUCACAUGACAAUAGUAUGAAUCAUGGAAUUUCACCAUUGAAGGGAAGGCUUACAAUACAUUCAGAGGGAAAGCCAUCAAGUUUUCCUUGCUCAAAAUGCAAGCUCAUAUUCAAGAAAGAACAUCGCUUGCAUCAUCAUAUGAAGUCUCAUGAGGACCCUCCUAGUAUUUUGCCAAAGCCUUUUAUAUGCAGAGAAUGUGGACACUCUUUCACACAAAGCAGUGCGCUUAUUGACCACAUGUCCAUCCAUCAGAAGAGAACAAAACUCACUGAAGAAAUCAAAGGCAUGAAUGAUAAAAAGAAAGAGGAUGAGAACGCCAAGUUUUUCUGCCCUCAGUGCCCAUUUGGGACAAAUUGCCCUAACACAUUUGUUCAGCAUGCAAAAACACAUGAGAAGGACAAGCGAAAGUUCAGAUGUGACAAAUGUAGCUUCAGGACUCUGAGUGAGAAUGAUCUUAGGAGACAUAACAUUAUGCAGCACACUGUUAUUACUGUUAAAAAGCAGAUCCAGAAUGAUGAAACUGGUAUCUUUCCAUGCAACAUUUGUGCUUAUAAAGCUUUUAGCAAACAUGUUUUUCAAAAUCACCUUCUGCGACGCCAUCAGCUUACUUUCGAGGAAUAUACCGCAGCACAGCACAAUGAGAAAAUCUCACAGUCACCUAAGGAGCACCAGGUAUCGACUUACAGAGCUUCUGUUGAAGAUACAGAAUUUACAUCUAAAAUAUCAAUAAAAAAUCAAAUCUCUAAAAGGGCUUUUUCACCUGAUGAGUCCGGUGAUAUUUUAGACUUGUUCAAAAAUAGCAAGGUCAAGAGAGGUCCCAAAUCUCAAUUAACGGAAUCAAAACUCGACAAAUCUAUUAAUGUUCUUCUGUCUCGACAAAGCCAUGGAAAGAAGGGGACAGAAAACAAGAAGGAAAGCAAUAACUGUAGUGUCAGUGCUCAGGAUUCCAAAAGCGAGAAGAAUAAUAGGGAUGAGGCGCAAGAAAUGCCCAUCAAGGUUGAAGGUUCUGCUGUACCCACAAAUGGCCCCAAGUCAAAUAUAAAUAAUUUAUUGGUCAAAAAGUCACCAUCAAAACGAAAGAUGUCCACCCCAUAUCGCAACACCUCUGAUCAAGACUCAUGUUUCAUCUUACCAAAACCUUUGCCAAGUCCCAAGAAAGUAAACCUGGAGGAAGAAUUGGCAGACUAUGACGAAAAAGAUACUUUCCAGAUAAAGGAUACAGAUGGCGAUUUCAACUUGUUUGACGAUAGCAUCAAAAAAGAAAAGAAAAGCAUAAUAUACACCUAUAGUAGAAGAAUGUCCAUGAGGGGCGCUCUACAGGCAUCUAAAAGGCUGUUUGAGAAAAUAAAGAGUGAAGAGCAAGAGCAGAGUGAGCCUGAAAUCAAAGAAGAAUGCAUAGAAACUGAGGUGUUUCAGGAAACCUUUGACCCCCACCAAAUACCACUGGGAGAAUCCCCCACAGAUGAUUUGUUAGAGUUUGAAUCGGAAAACAAGAACUGUCCAUACUGUCCUGCUGUCUUUGAGUCCGGUGUUGGCCUGUCAAAUCAUGUGCGAGGGCAUCUGCAUAGGGUCGGGCUAAGUUACAACGCACGUCAUGUUGUGCCUCCUGAGCAGGUGGCUUCUCAAGAUAGAAGGCCACGAAUUCGACGGAAGAUGUCAGCUUUCCGGCGAUUGAGAAAAGCAUUGCAGCUAGAGUCAGAGUCUGAGACUACGAAGAGCAUUCACUCUUGUCCUUUAUGUGGGGACUCGUUUGAUAACAGAACUGGGCAGUCAAACCACAUACGAGGCCACCUGAAAAAGCUUGGUAAAAGCUUUUCCACAAAGAACAAAUCCCCAUUAAUUUUACUCCGUGAAUUGAUGCGAGACAAGAAGGAGUGCCAGCGAGCCCUUCAGAUUCUGGGAAAAAGACGGAACCAUUUCCAAUAUGGUGCCUCACCAAAGCUGCAUACUGCUAAUCGUUUCACACAUCAACCGACUGGAUUCCCAAAAAGUCAUACAAUUUCCAGUGUUUGCAGUGAUGCCAAACCACUGAUACCCACGUUUUCUUUAGCAGAUAUCGAAUCAGAAAAAGAGCAACUGGAGACUAAGUUGGAUGUUAAAAAUUCAUUCUCGGGCACAACAGCCUUGAUAGGGAUUCUGAAGAAAAGGAAAUGCCAGGAAGAUGCCAGAAUAAAGGGAUCCUCUCAGAUGUCAAGAAAUGUGUUGCCAGUUUCUUCAAACAGCGAGCAAAGUUCAGGAUCAAAAGUUGCAUCCUCACUGCCAAACUCAGUAUCUGAGAAAGGUGAAUUCAACCGGAAAGUGUGCAUCCAUUGCAAUGCAACUUUCCACAGUGGAGUUAGCUUGUCCAAUCAUCUCCGGGCAUAUGCAAAAAGACAAAGGAUCGCCUUGCUCGAGGGAACCACAAUUGACUGUAAAGCAGUUAGGACUCGCUCAAGGCCUGGCUCAAAGAAGAAGACACUGCCCUUACCCCAAACUCCAGAGGAAAUGUACAGGCUCACCUGCAGGUUCUGUGACCUCGUCUUCCAGGGUCCCCUGUCAGUCCAGGAGGAUUGGAUUAAACAUUUACAGAGACACAUUAUGAACACUGGUGUCCCACACACUGGGCUGGGCAUGGUAGAGGUCACCUCAUUGCCCACAGAACCCCCAACCCUCAAGACUGAUGAUGACAGCUCUUUAACACUCACACAUGCUGCCUCAUGAGGCCGAUGGGGACAUUUUUAAACUUCACUAGAUUGUAUGUGUAUGUACAUUGGAUGUUAUUUCACUAUCUUUUUUUAAGUCAAUGAAAUACUGGCCAAACGUACAGUAUGCUCAAUGUUUAGAUAUUGUGCAUCUUUGAACAUUUGGACAGCUGAAAUAUGUUAUUAUUUUAGAUAUCGUUACCUAUCUGUUUUUACAUGGUCCUGUUGUUUUUUUUUUUGUUUGUUUUUUUGUUUUGUUUUUUUCAAUUCCAAGUGGACAGACUAUUUUCUUGUUUUAUGCAGUAAUGUAGAGUGGAAUCCAUUUCUAAUGAAGACAACUUAUACCUCAAAUUUUUCAUGGUUUGUGACAGUUUUGAGUCAAAUUUGGGGAGCACCUUCUGUGUGGAUUUUUCACUUAGAAUACAGAAUCAUAUUUUCUUUGGGUUGUAUAAUGUUUUAAUCAAUUCCCACGUUCUCUUUACAGGCCAAUGAAAAUGCCACUGAAAUUGCAAAAAGAAAAAAAAAAAGUCUGCAACCUUUUAUGCAUAGAAAAUGUUUUUAUAGUAUUUCAGUAACAAUGUUG